AUCCCGACGUCAUCCCUUCUCAAUCCAAAAAGGUUCCGAAAGCUACGUGGCUGCCUUCAGCUCCCCCUUUCUUGGACAUAUUGAUCGAGUGUUCAAGCCAGAGCACCAUGGACCAGGUUAUGCAGUUUGUCGAGCCCAGUCGGCAGUUUGUAAAAGACUCGAUAAGACUCGUCAAAAGAUGUACAAAACCUGACAGAAAAGAGUUCCAAAAGAUUGCUAUGGCUACAGCUAUUGGAUUUGCCAUCAUGGGCUUCAUUGGCUUCUUUGUGAAACUCAUCCACAUCCCCAUCAACAACAUUAUUGUGGGUGGCUGAACGUGCAGAGGGGUGACAGGACUACGCUACCCAGACACCCGGUGCGGUGGGACAGUCGUGGGGGUGGAAUGGAUGAAUGUGUGAGGGAUGAUGUUUUGCAUUCUGCGCACAAAGUUUGUACUGUGACUGUUGUUAAUAAAUUGAUUGAAAAUA